AUGCUGGAUAAGAGCUCCGGCAGGUUGCUCUCUCAUGGCGGAGCCACUGCCAGAAUGAACGUCGGCAUGUCCCAGAUCUUGAGUAUGCUGGCUGUGCUGCUGGUGUGUGCGCCGCAUGUCUGUCAGGAUUGCCUGGCAAUCAGGCGACAGCAAAACUUGAAAUUACUUCGAGAGCGCGAGGGCAUGGCAUUGACUUCAAAACCAAAGUUUGUACCUAUAAGCCCAAGAGGGGCCCGCGCUGUGUCUCAAAUUUCUGACGCAGGAGAACGAGGUGAUUGGCAUCAAGCUCGGCAUGUGUAUUCCACAUACUCUGGUGCUGAGAUCCAAGUCUUCAAUGCCGCCAUGCAUGCAGCUAUACGGUGUGACCAGUACAAGCAAGGUGCUCUUAUCUACCAGAAGCUUUGCAGCCUGAACAUAAACAGGACUGCUCCUGCCUUCACAAGUGCUCUCACGAUUCACUCAAUGUUGGGCAAGAAGGAUGCUGUUCGUGAGAUCUGGAAGGAUGCCAUGCGAGAGUGCGAACUCGAUGCUGCACUUGCUGCAGUUCGCAUUUCCGCAGCUGCUGCAGAGGGAGAUGUUCAAACAGCAGCUACGGUUUUGGAUCAGAUGAACGUGAGUGGCGUGGCAAUAAACGUUGGCCAUUUAUCCGCGGCUAUUCGAGCUUGCUGGGAAGCAGAAGGAAGUCACCAUAAUGCAGCAAAGUAUCUGUUCAACUUGCACAAGGAACUUGACCUACAGCCCAAUGUCAUUACGUUUGCAUGUCUGGUCGGAUCUUAUAUGACUGCUCCACUUGAAGAAAUACGGGUCGCCUACACUGAAAUGAAGGAGUUGGGCAUUGUGCCAAACACCGUUUUCGCUGAGUCAUAUCUGGUGACAGUUCUUCGCAAGCCCAAAGGGGCACCCUGGGACGAGGAUGAGAUGCUCGUUGCUCUGCACGAGCGCUCGCCGGAACGUAUCGCAGCUGCGAGGCAAGCCAUCGACGACUUCAAAGCUGAAGGAGUCACCCUGUCCACCCUGAGCUCGCGUAUCCAUCGAGUCCUGCAGAAGCUGUAA